AUGAGUCUCCUCCUGCGUGUGUGGACGACACCCCUUCGUGUCUUUUCUUCUCGUAUGAGUAUCCGUCAUUAUGCUUCUACUGGUGGUAUUCCUAAUGAUUUAGAACAUGCCGUUGGUCGUGAACGUCAAGAAUUGGAAGCUGCUGAAAUGGGGAUUGCUCAAUUUAAUCGUGAUCCUCUCGAAUCCGAUGAGACACAGGGCAAUACAAAAGAUGACCCAAUUCUCGUGCCAUCGUUUUAUAAUGUACGAACCGUUGGUGUGUCCCAUAAUGAUGCGUCGUACCUUUAUUGGUUUAAUCUUGUCAAGGGGAAAGUGCAUUAUUUGCCACAGAUUGAAAAGUAUUUUAUGCUUUACAAUCCCCAAGAAUUGGCCAAACUUGUCCAGGAAGUGGAAGCGAAACAACAGUAG